AUAUGGCCAUCAGUUGGAGCUCAAAAAUCAUCAGGUUUUAGAUUAUCAUCAAGAUCAACAUCAAACAAUGAUUAUUCACAAAUUUGUCUAGGUUUUUUAACAGAAAAAAAUGAAAAUGGAUUAUUAUUUUAUCGAAGAAAUUGUGAUGAUGAUAAUUUUUCAAUACCAAGUAAUUUUUAUUCUUUGAUAAUUAAUAGUGGAAUUAUUGAUCGUGUUAAAAGUCUAAGAAUUGGAAUUAUCAAAACAAAUAAUUCAGUUCCAGCAAUUGGAAAAAUUCAAGUUUGGGGUGAAAUUUCAUCUUUUAAUAAUCCCAAAGUUUAUAAAAAUAUUAUUCAAUUAUUAGCCAAUAAAUCAAAUAAAAAUCAACAUAAUAAAUCCAAUGAUAUUAUAAAUAAAACUGAAAAUAAUGUUGAAAAUGAAAUUCAAAAAAGUAAAAGAAAUUUAACAAAUGGUUUAAAUAUACCAGAUGAAUUUUUGGAUCCAAUUACAUGCACUAUAAUGCAACAACCAGUUGUUCUACCAAGUGGUAAAAUAAUUGAUCAAAGUACACUUGAAAAUUAUGAAAAAAGUGAAGCAAAUUGGGGAAGAAAAUUAAAUGAUCCUUUUACUGGUGUACCAUUUACUGACACAAAUAAACCAAUUUUUUCUCCAACAAUUAAAGCAAGAAUUGACAAAUUUUUAACUGCAAAUUGUGAUGCUGAUGAAAUUAAAGCUUUACCCAGGUUACUUGGUCAAUCAGUAGAAUUUAAGAGAAAAAAUUCUGAAGAAAUUUCUACAACAGUAUUAAAAUUACAAAAGACAAAUUCUUUUGAUAAAUUAGAUGAUUGUUUUGUUAAAAAUCAAGAAAAUAAAUUAACGUAUAAUCCAUCAUCACCAUCAUCAUCAUCUACGUCUACGAGUAAACAAAUUAAAGUAGAUGUAAAUUCUCCAAUUGAUGAUGAUUUAGAAGAGAAUUUAAAAACAGUAUUAUCAGGCCUAAAAAGAUUUACAGAUAAAAAAGUUGAUAAUGAUUGUGAUAAUACAAAAAAUAACAUCAACUGUUUGUGUUGUGAAAAUGGAAUAUAUUAUAAAUUUCCUUGUCAUCAUAUUAUAUGUAGAAAAUCUUUAUUAUCAAAUAGAAAUUUCAAGUGUCCAAAUUGUAGUAAAAUAUUUAGCUCAAAUGAUCUUGAAAAAAUCAAUAAAUAAUUAUUUUUAUAAUUAAAUUAAAUGAUAAUAAAAUUUUUAAUUAUUUUUAUUUAAUUCAAUCAAUGUUUUUGUUUGUAUACAAUUAUUGUUUAUAUAAAAUUUAAAAAUAUUGAGGUUCAACAGAUAAAAA